AUGGUCUCCCCUGACACCAUCCGCACGGCCAUCGGUGUCAUAGGCAAUGGGACCGCCCUGGUGCUCUUCCUCUCCCCAGUGCCUACGUUCAUCCGCAUCUGGAAGAAAGGGUCUGUGGAGCAGUACUCGCCGAUCCCGUACGUGGCGACGCUGCUCAACUGCAUGAUGUGGGUGUUGUACGGCCUGCCGGUGGUGCACCCGCACAGCAUGCUGGUGAUCACCAUCAACGGCGCCGGCAUGGCCAUCCAGCUCACCUACGUCACGCUCUUCCUCCUCUACUCCGCAGGGGCGGUGCGCCGCAAGGUCGUCCUCCUGCUCGCCGCCGAGGUGGCCUUCGUCGGCGCCGUCGCCGCGUUGGUGCUCACCCUGGCGCACACGCACGAGCGCAGGUCCAUGGUGGUCGGCAUCUUCUGCGUCCUCUUCGGCACCGGCAUGUACGCCGCCCCGCUCUCCGUCAUGAAAAUGGUGAUCCAGACGAAGAGUGUGGAGUACAUGCCCCUGUUCCUAUCUCUGGCUUCCCUCGUGAACGGCAUCUGCUGGACCGCCUACGCGCUCAUCCACUUCGACCUGUACAUCACCAUCCCCAACGGGCUGGGCGUGCUGUUCGCGGUGGCGCAGCUGGUCCUGUACGCCAUCUACUACAAGAACACCCAGAAGAUCAUCGAGGCACGCAAGCGCAAGACGGACCAGGUCGCCAUGACGGAGGUGGUCGUCGACGGCAGCGGCAGGGUCUCCAACAACAACAACAACGGCAACACCACCUACUGA